AUGAACAAGAUAAUCUCACAUGAAACUGUUUUUAAUGAGCAAGAUAAUGUCAUGAAUGAAAAUGUUUCUCAAGAAAAAGUUUCAAAUGAAAAUGUUGAUUUUGAUGAUGAAAAUAUUAAUAAUGAAGAUGUUAAUGUCAAUAAUGAAAAUGUUAACAUUUCAAAUGAGAAUGAGAAUGAAAAUGUCAUGAAUGAUAACAAUGAACAAUUUAUUCCACCUUUAGAUAUAUAUGAUCCUAGUAAUCGGGAUAAUCUUGAUAAUAACUUAAGAGAUAUUUUGAUUGAAAAAGGGCCAAUAAGAGAAUCAAAUUUUGUGUAUCCUAAAGAUAAUCUAUCUAGACAUUUUUCUUAUGCUUCUUAUACUAGAAAGUUAAGUCAUGCAAAUGAUGGAUUUAAUGAUUGGAAACAUCUUUUUGAUAGACUUAAAGAACAUGAAAAUAGUUCCCAACAUCUUUUUUGUAUGGAUUCUUGGGAUGAACUAAUAGCAAGAUUUGAUAAGAAUAAAACAAUUGAUAAAGAUUUGCAAAAUAAAGUUUUAACUGAAAAAGAACGUUGGAGAAUCUUAUUAACCAUACCAGUUACUGUAGCAUCAGCAGAAAGAAAUUUUUCAAAACUAAAAUUAUUAAAAAAUUAUUUGAGAUCAUCAAUGUCACAAGAAAGAUUAAAUGGUUUGGCUAUGUUAUGCAUUGAAAAAGAUUUGUUGGAUAAUAUUGAACUUGAUUCUAUAAUUGAUGACUUUGCAUCUAAAAAAGCUCGUAAAUGUAAAUUUCUUUAG